CAGCAAGUCAUUUUUCCUUCUCUCUCUUUUGUUGGCUAAUCAUAAACAUGUCCUCUGAUCUCGUCUGGGCUAUCGUCAGAAACAACAACAGCUUCCUUGUCAAGCGUGCUGGUGCUCAAUUCUCCACUGAGCCCAACAACUUGGUCAACCGCAACACCUACAAGUACUCUGGUCUUGCCAACGCCAAGACUGUCGGUAUUGCUGCUGCUCCCCGCGGUAUUGAAGUCACCACCACCAAGGCUAAGGUUGCUUCUCCCUCCAAGCGCGUCAGCAAGUCCACCAUCAGCAAGGGUCGCCGUCACACCGCCAAGUCCGUUGCUAACCUUGUCGCUCACUACCGCCCUGACCUUCGCGCCGCUGCUCUUGCUCGUGCCUCUGCUGUCCUUUCUAGCCAACAGCCCGCCAAGGAGCAGACCAAGCGCAACAAGGGUGUCCGUGCUGCCAAGCGCGCUUAAGUGCACACCUCCUUGCCUCGAUCUCUUAACAUAAAAUAAAACACAGUUUUUCAUCAGAGGUUUCUAAUUGUCUUUAUCAAAAUAUUAUGUUCCAAUAGCUCAUACAAAAAUGAAGGAAAUGAAAGACCGUGCAAUUAAAGUUUGCUCCAAAGAUCACCAACAAUGGAGUCGAUAACCUGAUGGUCCUUUUCAAAGAGUCCUCGAUCAAUUAGAUCGACGGCCUUCUUAGCUGAUCC